UAGACCAUAACGGACAACAGAGGCGUUCAAUGACACGGUGACCUGCAUUACCAGCCUCCACAGCAAUGCGCCGGCGCUCCACACAUCUUCCCCCAGUCUAGUGUCGGCUGCUCAGGGAUAAAGCGGAGUGCUCUACGGUCAUGUGAUUCCUUUUUUUUUUUUUCCUUCGAAGUUGAAAGGCAGGAGCAAGAGCUGCGGAGGGGGCCCAGCUUACCUUCUCACUGGCCGUGGAUGCAACGUUUUCGUCCCUUUUUUUUUUCUUCUUUCUUCUCCACCACAAUAUUCUUUGUUUCUCGCUCGGUGUGACAAUUUGUUCUCUCUUUCGCGAUGGCGGGGGCUAUCAUUGAAAAUAUGAGCACCAAAAAGUUGGUGAUAGUGGGAGUUAUUCUGCUUUUGUUUCAGGCGGCUGCCUUCAUGGUCGGCGGUUUAAUUGCUCCAAGCACCACCACAGCGGUUCAGUACUUGGCCACCAAGUGUGUGGACACAACCAAGCUUCGACAGGAAGCAAAAUGGUUCAUGCCUUGGGGUCCCAACCAAUGCGACAAGAUCCGGACCUUUGAUGAAGCCAUGGCCAAGAAGAUUGAGGCCAACAACAUUGUAUUUGCUGUCCACAUGCCUCUGCCAAACAAGGAGAUGAGCCCAUGGUUCCAGUUCAUGCUGGUCAUCCUGCAGUUUGACAUCGCAUUCAAGAUGUACAACCAGAUAGAGGAUGGAGCGAUGGCCACCAUUGACGUGGGCCUGGCUUACAGAGACGACACCGUCAGCGAGUGGACGGAGAUGGCGCACUCUUUUGAACAGAGGAAGCUCAAUUGCAACUUCACCGCUGCCACGACCUUUGAGAACGAAGGACGUUACUAUGAGUGUGACCCGCUUCCUUUCAUGGAGGUCGGCAGCGUGGCCCACAAGUACUAUCUCCUCAACAUUCGCCUGCCCGUCAACGAGCGGAAGAAGGUCAAUGUGGGGAUCGGAGAAAUCAAAGACAUUCGUCUCGUUAGCAUCCACCAGAAUGGAGGCUUCACCAAAGUUUGGUUUGCCAUGAAGACAUUCCUCACACCGAGCAUCCUCAUCAUCAUGAUCUGGUACUGGAGACGGAUCACCCUCAUGAGGAGGCCCCCUGUGCUGCUGGAGAAGGUCAUCCUCGCUCUGGGUAUCUCAAUGACGUUCAUCAACAUACCAGUGGAGUGGUUCUCUGUUGGCUUCAACUGGACCUGGAUGCUGCUUUUCGGGGACAUCAGGCAGGGCAUCUUCUACUCCAUGCUGCUCUCUUUCUGGAUCAUCUUCUGUGGGGAGCACCUCAUGUUUUACUGGAUGCAUCCGUGUCCUCAACACGUAGCCCGGUGCACUCAUUCACACCAGGACCAGACGGAGAGGAACCGUUUCUCAGUUUACUGGAAGCAAGUCGGACCCAUCGUGUUUGGCUCCUUCUGCCUCUUUAUCUUUGACAUGUGCGAGAGAGGGGUCCAGCUGACCAACCCGUUCUACAGCAUCUGGGCGUCCGAUGUAGGAACUGAGCUUGCUAUGGCAUUCAUAAUUGUGGCCGGGAUCUGCGCCGUUCUCUACUUCCUCUUCCUCUGCUUCAUGGUUUUUCAAGUCUUCCGCAACAUCAGCGGUAAGAGGACGUCCCUGCCCGCCAUGUCCAAGGCCAGACGGCUGCACUAUGAGGGUCUGAUUUUCAGGUUCAAGUUCCUCAUGCUGGUCACUCUGACCUGUGCCGCCAUGACUGUCAUCUUCUUCAUCAUCAGUCAGGUGAAUGAGGGCCACUGGCACUGGGGUGAGCACACGGUGCAGGUGAACAGUGCCUUCUUCACGGGCAUCUACGGCAUGUGGAACCUGUAUGUCUUCGCCAUCAUGUUCCUCUACGCACCGUCUCACAAACGUUAUGGAGACGAUCAGUCAACUGGUCAGUGCAUCACUGGAGAUACCGGCGCAAACAGCGGAGAGGACAUCCAGCUGACUACUACCAUCACCCAUGUUGAUGGCCCCACUGAGAUCUACAAGAUGACGGGCAAAGGGGCCCAGGAGUAGAUAUCCCACUGUUAGGCCUCCCCUCUCCUUCCUACUGCUCCUAUGAUCCCCUCCCUCGUGUAUGUAUAUGUCUCAAACAGGCUUUUCUCUUUACAUCCCCUGGCUACAAAACGGCAUCAACAAUCCAACUUGCAUGUCAUGUCCCACAGUUCCUGACCUCUUCCAGCACCAAACCCUCAGCUGUGUGACUUGUUACGUGCCACCCUCUUCCCAAUUGUUUCUCUAAAGACUGAAUAUUAUCAACACUUCGAUCAGUCCUUUUCAUUUCCCAGUGGAAUUUUGUUCUUACAUUUCAUACUUUUAUUUAAACUGGCUGUGUUUGUAUAUAUUGCACAAUGCGUUUGACACCAAAAUAAAGGAGAUUAGAGUGUAGUGAGAACAUUUGGCAGACCUCACUCUCCUGGGAUUAAAGUACAGUUUGGUAAAACAUAA